AUGCAUUACCACCACCUUUUUUCAGAGCUUGCGCGAGAUAAGUUGGAGCGAACUUGGAGUAUCUCAAAACCGUAUUGCAACUUCUCUCAGGAUAUAUCAACACACUGCAAAAAAACGCAAAGCGAUGUGUGCUCCAAGUGUGAGGCAGAUGACGUUAUUCCCCGUCGGCAGGUCGUUAUUGGAGGCGUAUUUAGUCCGGUUUCAGAUACAUACGGAAAACCGGGUUUAGCCCCGGCCCACGUUCGUGUCGAGCUGGUUCGUACUGCCUGUGUUACAUCUUCCGAUUGGUUACGAGUUUACCCUUGGGAAUCACAGCAACCACAGUGGACUCGAACUCGGGCUGUAGUUGAUCAACUUCAAUGUGUUCUAGACAAUGUCUACGAUCGGGUGGCAAAAGGCAACCACCUCACUGAAAUCGUGAAUCACGGAGGUAUGUCACACCAUUAUGUUUCCCGUUGCUCGGAACACGUUCGUUUGAUAGCCGGGUUAGUUUUUCGAUCUGACGGUUUCUUUCUAGACACUUUGUUGGUCUGA